UGUUACAUUACCCUAACUAAGCAACUGAUUUAAUAUCAGUAUUAUCAGUUCACGCUAAGGUUUGAUGAAGAAAGUCCCAUUUUAAAUGUAGAUUUCUGGCCUGACUGACGUGAAAUGGUUGUAUAAAAUAUGUCUGCUGUCUUACCUCUACAGGCUGUAGUCUGCCACAAGCACAUAACUUUAUCCAAGAACAAAGUCCACCAGAGUAUUGGGAUCUUAUUGAGUUUUAGCAAUGGAUUCACCAAAAGGCAGUUUGCUGGAAAUAUGGCAGUAGAUGCUUCAGUGAAGGAGAGUCAGUCUCAGGUUUUGUCAAGUUGAGCUUAUUAAAUAUUUUUAUAAUUCUUAAAGACAUGAGUUUCAGACACUGGUAACUCUGCCUUGUUUUAUCCUUUUAAUUAGCCAAACUUAAAGGAAUCCUACAAAUCCUCAGCUCACAUUGCUCUUUACUUUGUCAUGAAAACAUUUGGACUAAAACUGACUGACUAAGCAGCCAGAAAUAAAAACGGUCAGACGUUCAGAGAGCCUGGAGAGCCGUGGAUCAGAUGUUAUGAACUGCCCAGCUAGCCUGGCAGAGGUCAGUGAUUGGACAGAUCAGUGUCGGUCCCGUGACUGGUGGCUUCCUGUCCAGCCGGAAGUUGUGAACAGAGUUUAAAAGCUGCUGCAGGACUGCAGACACUCACAGAAAGCUGGACCAGCAAUGGCUCUGCUGGAGGUUCUGCUGUUGCUGGGUUUGGGUGUUGCAGUGAGUUCAGUGUCUCUGCAGAAGAGAAUCGUUGGAGGUCAGGACUGUAGAGAUGAUGAGCGACUCUAUCACGUGAUGGUUCUUAGAUAUAAUAAUAAAAUAGAAUCCUUAUGUGGAGGAUCUCUGAUCAGUGAUCAGUGGGUUCUGACUGCAGCUCACUGCGGGAACUCAGAUCCACAAUGGGUUACAGAGGCACAUGUAGGAGUUCAUCCUAAAAGUGCUCCAAAGAAGAUUUAUAGAAUCACUCAACUUGAGGUUUAUAGAGACAGUAACGGUCGUCUACAUGACAUCAUGCUCCUAAAGCUGCCAGUAAAGAUCACAACGAUCCGACCAAUCAGACUACCCGACUGUCCAGAUACUCUCCUACUCGGCACCAAGGUUCAGUUUGCAGGUCAUGGAUUAACACAAGUUGGCUUUUUUAACAAAAGACUCCAAGAUUUUCCAGAUGAUCUUCAGUGUGCAGAGUUUAAGAUUGCUAAACAUGAAAAGUUAGAAGAGGUACUGGCAAAAGACAAGAACUCUCGGCGCAGAUACGAGAAGUGGUACAGCGUGCAAAGCUCUAAGAGGGACGCGUCUCGUGGCGACUCUGGCGGAGGACUUGUGUUCAAGAACAGGCUGUAUGGCGUUUCAUCCUUCCUUGGAGAUCCAGACUAUGCAUUCAAUGAACCAAAUGGUUUCAUGGAUGUCUGUGCCUACAAGCAGUGGAUAGAUGACACAAUUAACUAACCAAAAACCCUGGGUUGCUCGGUGUCUGAUUUGUGGCUGAAUGUUCCCGGCAUCAUAAAAUCAGAAAAUUCAAGUUAAUCUUUAAAUUUCAGUUUCUGGUUGAUUCAUUUUCUGAUUUAAAGCUGAAUUAUUUGGGGAUUUAAGUUAUUGUGUUCACAUUAAUCUGUAAUAAUAUCUUAUUAUCACAGAUUAAUAAGAUAUUACCUUAUAAUAUCUUAUUAAGAUAUUAUAAGUAAUAUCUUAAUAAGAUAUUACUAUUAAGAUAUUACUCAAUAAGUAAAGCUGCUGUUAGUGAUAAUCAGUAAUAAUAUCCACUGUCACAUGACUAGGAAAUAAAUAGCUGUUAUCUGAU